AAGGACACAUUCAAAAGAUAUCGACGAUGGGACGCGAAAGGCGGGAAAAAACUCCGCACACUAACGUUGAGAACCCGAUUUGGUAGGGAGGAAUGAUCGCAAAAUUCCUUCAAUUUCCAAAAUCGACUGUUAAUACCACACUCAAACGUUACCAGGAGACCCUUACGUUCGAUCGGAAGAAACCAAUCAGGCGUAGAGGUUGAAGAUAUGAUCGGAAUCUACGAGCAAAGCGAUUCGAGCAGUCCAGAGCAAUCCUGGGCUUUCCUUGUGGACUUUGGUGAAACAGUUCACGACGAGCCACGAUACAGUUCGGCGAAUUUGUAUGCGAGAAGGCUUGCGGUCGUAUCAUGCCAUCAAACAACCCACCAGGACGCUGAAACAAAACCUGGUUGCUAAAACCCGUGCAAGGAAGCUGUACGAGCAAGUUUUGACCAAGUACAAAGGAUGCAUCUUGAUGGACGAUGAAACAUACGCAAGAGAAGUGGGGAGAAGACAAAGGUUUUAUAUCACUGGGGCAACAAUGAAUUGAAGUUUACAAGGAGGAGUGCCUUCAAAACAGAGUUUUUCCAUUCAUUCGAUCACACAAAGGUCCGGUGAAGUUCUGGCGUGACAUGACAAGCAGCCAUUACAGAAGGGAUGUCGUGAAGUGGUAUAAGGAGAACAAGAUCUGUUUGUGAUAUUGGGCAAUUAUCAAAGGCAAACUGAAGAAAUGUGGCAAAAUUAUCAAAAACCAGCUCAAAUGAGAAAGUGGUAGAUCAAGAUAGUAUAUACGGUUACCAGCAGUAUUUGGCAGAAAAUGAUGGGUGGUAUCUCACGUUUUUUAAAUUUUUUCAGAAAUUUCAUCCGAAACAUGAUCUUCAUGUUUUUUUUCCCGUAAAGCUCAUUAAAAACCCUACAAAUUGACAUCCUUGCCUUUUAGCUAAAACCAGGUUUUCCGUUGUCGAAUUUCAUCAGUCGAUGUUGAAUCUUGCUACAGUGAACAAGCAUCGGAUAAAAAUUGCGUGUUAUAGGCUCGAAACAGAAGACAAAGUGUUGGAAUGCUACGACUAGUUGUACUACUCGUGGCCAGUUUCGCUGCCCUUGCAGCGGGUCAAAGAGGUGUUGAUGAAGUUCUUAAGUGGCAGAAAGUUCAGUACAGUUCGGAUGUUCCUUCAAGAAUUUUAGCGGCAGAUAAUGGCUACAUCCCAGUUAACAACAUUCCGAUGGGUGCUGUGCAUUACAAAAACCGAGUGUUUGUCGCAGUUGCUCGUCGCCGUUGGGGAAUUCCGUCCACACUGAAUGUGGUCAAUUUUUCCCCUCCAUUCCCCAACACAAACCUUUUGCUGAAGCCGUACCCAAAUUUUCAACUCAACGAACUUAGGGCCGAUCUUCAACCAGAUGAGAAUCGCAUUGUGACCGUUUACAGACCACGCGUCGAUCGAUGCGAUCGAUUGUGGUUCGUUGACACCGGCAUGAUGGAAAUCCCAAACAACUUCACCAUCGUCCAACGCCCAUCUAUUUGGGCGAUCGAUCUGAAAACCGACAAACCGAUCCAUCGAUACGAAAUUCCUCAGAAGGACGUCGACAGUGGCUACGGGCUGACAUCUAUCACGCUCGAUGUGGAUCCGGAUAAUUGUGAAAAGGUGUUCGUCUACAUAUCUGAUCUGCAAACCUAUCGCAUGGUGGUUUAUGAUUAUCAGAAUCGAAAAUCGUGGCGCUUUUUGCAUAACUAUUUCUUCCUCAAUCCACUGGAGGGUGACUACCGCAUUCAAGGCAUUCCAUUUUCGUGGGAUGAUGGAAUUUUCUCGAUCGCGCUAGGAAAUCCCGAUCCGAGAACCAAAUUCCGAACUGCAUACUUCCACGCUCUGUCCAGCAACUCCGAGUUCACCGUGUCUACUGAAGUUUUGCGUAACGAAACGGCAGCCCAGCGCCAUUAUCAUGGCAAUGACUUCCAGCUGCUUGGAUACCGUGGCGCUAACUCCCAAUCGAGUAUCCACGCCUUCGAUGCGGAUACUGGAGUGGUAUUUUUCGCCCUCAUCCAACAGAAUGCCGUAAGUUGCUGGGACUCGAGGAAACCUUUUGCCCCACAAAAUAUGGCCAUCGUCUAUAAAAACGAUGCAGAUAUUGUUUAUCCAAAUGAUCUGGCGAUCGACAACGAAGGUUACGUUUGGUUCAUGACCAAUUCGAUCAUCAAGUUGCUGUACACUCGGUUGAAUCUGGAAGAAUACAACUUCCACGUCUGGCGUGCCAACAUCAACGAAGUUAUCAAAGGCACAGUUUGUGAUCCAGCUGUCAAAGCUAAUGUCAAUUUCGUACAACGCUUCGCCACUGACGGUGACAGUGAUCGUGUGACGUUUUUGGAAUUCAAAGACAAAUAUGGUCCAGGAGGUGGUCCAUACGGAGGGUGGGGUAUCGGUGACCAAAAACGUUUGAACAAACAUAACUAAGGUAUUAUUUUGCUACGAUCGUUGUCAAUUUAAAAAUGUUCUCUUUUAAUAAGUAGUUCAACAAUGCUAAAUAAAAACGAAUGUUAUUGUGCCCGCGUUCUCUA